UACAGGGACGUCAUGCAGGAGAACUACGAGACGGUGACCUCGCUGGACAUCUUCUUCUGUGCAAGGGGGCUCAGUGACCAUGUUCCCGUCCUCUUGGAUUCCACGUUUCUGCAGCAGAGCACAGGAUUUCCCAUUGCCAAACCUGAGCUGAUUGCCCGCCUGGAGCAAGGGGAAGAGCCUUGGGUGCCGGAUCUCCAGGCCUGCAAGGAAAGACAGCUUCUGAGAUGCACCCGCACAGCAGGUGCUGAGCGAGGGAGUGAGAACGAGGAGGGGAAUCAACAUCAGGAAGUUCCUGGAGAAGUGCAACCACAGGCGACCUUUGUGGGAAGAGGGGAAGGGAAUUUUUCCCAGUGCUGGGAAGAGGGAGAAGCCUGGGGAAAUUGGCACAUGUCAGAGAGUCUUCUGGGAAACCACCCAAGGAAGAAAGUGGGUGAAUCUAUUAAUGGUGGGGGAGGAGACGAAGAUCCCAGAAUGCAGCAAACAAAUUCCAAGGAAGAGACACCCUGUCACCGCCUGCAGUGUGGGAAAGGAUUAAUUGUGAGAUCACAGCUUGUGACAGAUCAGACAAUCCAUACCAGAAAGAAACCCCUUCAAUGCUUGGACCGUGGGGAAACCUUCAAUAAGCUCUCAGAUCUUAAUAACCAUGGGAGAAGCCACACUGGAGAGAAGCCCAUUCAGUGCCUUGAGUGUGGGAAAUGUUUCAGGUCAAAAUCAGCACUAAAUUCACAUGAGAAAAGCCACACAGAAGAGAGACCUCAUAAGUGCUUGGACUGUGGGAAAAGUUUCAAGCGGAAGUCAGACCUUGUUAAACAUCAGGCAGUCCACACAGGAGAGAGACCCCACAAGUGCUUGGACUGUGGGAAAAGUUUCAAGCGGAGAGCAUCCCUUCUUAUUCAUCAGGCCAUCCACACAGGAGAGAGAUCCCAUAAGUGCUUGGACUGUGGAAAAAGUUUCACUUGGAGAUCAUCCCUUGUUAAUCAUCAGGCAGUCCACUCAGGAGAGAGACCCCAUAAGUGCUUGGACUGUGGGAAACGUUUCACACGGAGAACAGGCCUUGUUAAACAUCAGGCAGUCCACUCAGGAGAGAGACCUCAUAAGUGCUUGGACUGUGGGAAAAGUUUCACAUGGAAGUCAAACCUUGUUAUUCAUCAAGGAAUCCACACAGGAGAGAGACCCCAUAUGUGCUUGGACUGUGGGAAAAGUUUCAUACAGAGGUCAAUCCUUGGUAAACAUCAGGCAAUCCAUAAAGGAGAGAGACCUCAUAAGUGCUUGGAGUGUGGGAAAAGUUUCAUACGGAGGUCAGACCUCAUUAAACAUGGAAGAAUCCACACAAGAUGUAAAAUUCUAUGACCCAUGGCAAGAAAAUGUUAAGCAACUUGCAUGUAAUUGACUCAGAUUCAACCUUUAGAGAAAGCAGCGAAGAAUCCUGUGGCA